CUUCCUGUGCGCCCCAGCUGUCACCUGGGUGUGUUCGCCCCCCACCAGUGUCCUCAGAGUGUCCCUGGAGUGUCCCUGGAGUGUCCCCAGCGGCCAUGGAGCCCCAAGAGGUGCUGGAGGCGCUGGUGGCCGUGGUGGCCACCCUGGCCGAGGUGGUGGCCGCCGUGACCGGGCCACAGAGGGACAUGCAGCAGCGCGUGUCCCCAGAGUUCCUGCACACAGCCCUGAGGCACUUCACCUGGAGCCUCCGUGAGACCCUGGACCACAGUGAUGUCACCUCCCUGGGCCUCCCUGGUGUCCCCUCCCUGGGCCAGGCCCUGACCGCCUUUGGGGCCACCCCGGGGGCCAUCUGGGCUGAUGUGAGAGCUGUGGGCAGAGCCUGGUGGAAGUUGCAGGACGCACUUGCGAAUAGGUGGGGCCACCUGUACUGGGAGGCCAUCCACCUCUGUGAUGCCUGCGAGGAUGCGGCCAACGCCCAGGCCGGGGACCAGCAGGACAAGGCGACCCGCAGGGGGACAGCUGGGGACAACCUGGCAGCCACAGCCCAGCAGCUCAUGGUGGCCCUGGACAGGGAUGAGGAGGCCUCAGUGGGGGCCACACGUGAUGCCCAGGUAGCAAUGGCCACCAAUGAGGCCGUGGGAGAGGCUGUGGUGGCCUCCAGGCGGGCGAGAGCGGCCAUCAGGAGGAGACAUUGGGCAGAGGUGGCCCUGGAGCCGCUGCAGCGCUUGGCGGACGCAUGCGACUCAGCUGGUGAGUUUAUCAGUUACAUAGAUUUGCAGUUCAUGGAGAUCGCGUGUGCCCCAAAGGGGACAAAUGAGGCACCCCCCAAUGUCCCUGUGGCUUUGGUGGCCAAGGCUGAGCAGCUGUGGGAUGCCAGCGCCCGCCUGUUCACGCGUCACCUGCUGGGGACACUUGGGGACAUCCACGACCUCCUCUUGAGUCCCUAUGAUGGCCGUGGUGGCCCCAAUGGCCCCGGCAGCCGUGCAGUGGCCGAGCGGUGCCAAAAAGCCAUCGAGGACAUCCCAAAUCUGCUGCAGGGACAGUGACGUCACAGCUGUGACCUCAUCGGGGCGGUGACAUCAUUGGGGACAUCGCUGCUGUCACCUGUCCCCUCUCCCCUCCCGACAUGGGAUUUGAGACAAAUCUGGGGAAUUUUCUAGGAAUUUUCAUUGAUACUGUCCCAAAUCCUGGUGGGAUUUCCUGGGGUGAUGUCACCAGGGACACUCAGGGACACUCAGGGACAGGGGACAGGGGUGAAUG